AUGAAAGUAUGUAAAAGACAGAGGCACAUAAAUCAAUGUGAAAGGGAAAGUAAGUGGUGGAGAUUAAAGGAUAAAAAUUUGAGAGAGAAGUUUAGUGAAAAAGUACUGGAAAAGGUAAAAUUGGCAGAGAGUGUGCAGGAGUGGUGGAAAAUAAAUAGUGUUGCUAUAAGGAAGACCGGGGAGGAACUGUUUGGGUUAACAUCUGGGAGAGGGGUGCCAAAAGAUAAGGAAGCCUUGUGGUGGAAUGAAGAGGUGCAGAAGGUUGUGAAGGAAAAGAAAGAUGCUAAGAGGAAGUGGGAUAUGUCCGGAAUUGCCGAGGAUGGGCAAGCAUACAAAAGUGCAAAGAAGGAGGCAAAACGAGCCGUGGCUGAAGCUAAAGUUGAAUCAGUAAGAGAGGCAUACGAACAACUGCAGAAAAAUCAGGAUAUGAGACAACUGGUAAAUCAAGAGAUAAAGCUCCUAAGGAUCUAA